AUAUGGACAAUUCAUUGAAUUUAUGAAGAAAUAAUUAUGGAAGAAAAUUGAAGAUAAGAAGACAAAUAGCCACUUCCUCUUUCACUCAUUUUUUCCACACUCCUAAUGCUCUGAGACUCUGCUAUACAAUUUCUGGCCAUUUUCUCAAACUUGCAGCAAUGGCUGCUCUGCUGUUCUCUGCGACCUGCGGGCAGUCAAAUUCUGCGCUGGAUCCUAAAUACAGCUCAAUCUUCACUCCAAGAAACAAUUUUUGCAAGCUGUCUGCCUCCAGAAGGCUAAGAAGAAGAAAGCUCUGCGUCAAGAAUGUCGCUAGCGAUAAAAAGCAGGAGCUAGAAGAACAAGUCACCGAAGGCACUUUGAAUUCCUUCGUGCCAGAUUCUACAUCUGUCGCUUCGAGUAUCAAAUAUCAUGCUGAGUUCACGCCUUCGUUUUCUCCAGAGAAGUUUGAACUCAGCAAAGCAUUCUUUGCAACUGCAGAGAGUGUUCGUGAUACUCUAAUCAUAAAUUGGAAUACAACCUAUGCCUAUUAUGAGAAGAUGAAUGUCAAGCAAGCAUAUUAUAUGUCUAUGGAGUAUCUACAGGGUAGGGCAUUGCUGAAUGCAAUUGGUAACUUACAGCUUACAGGUCCUUAUGCUGAGGCUCUCACUAUGUUGGGGCACAAUUUAGAGGAUGUGGCUGACCAGGAGCCAGAUGCUGCGCUAGGGAAUGGGGGAUUAGGUCGCCUUGCAUCUUGCUUCCUGGACUCCUUGGCAACACUGAACUACCCUGCAUGGGGAUAUGGACUUAGAUACAAGUAUGGUUUAUUCAAACAGCACAUAACAAAGGAUGGUCAGGAGGAAGUUGCUGAAAGUUGGCUUGAGAUGGGAAAUCCCUGGGAAAUUGUGAGAAAUGAUGUUUCUUACCCUGUGAAAUUCUAUGGAGAAGUUAUUUCUGGCGAAAAUGGAAGUAAACAAUGGGUUGGGGGAGAGAAUAUAAUGGCUGUUGCCUAUGAUGUUCCAAUACCUGGAUACAAAACCAGGACCACUAUAAAUCUGCGGUUAUGGUCUACUAAAGUGUCACCAGAAGAAUUUGAUUUGAGAGCUUUCAAUGCUGGAGAUCAUGCCAAAGCACAUGCCUAUCUGAAGAACGCUGAAAAGAUCUGCUAUAUAUUGUACCCUGGGGAUGAAUCAGUUGAAGGGAAGACUCUACGGUUGAAGCAACAAUAUACAUUGUGCUCUGCCUCUCUCCAGGAUAUUAUUGCACGUUUUGAGAAAAGAUCAGGGAAGUCAUUGAAUUGGGAGACUUUACCAGACAAAGUAGUGGUCCAAAUGAAUGAUACUCACCCAACACUCUGCAUUCCAGAGCUGAUCAGGAUACUGAUUGAUGUAAAAGGUUUGAGCUGGGAGAAAGCCUGGGAUAUUUCUAAAAGAACUGUUGCAUACACAAACCACACAGUUCUGCCUGAGGCUCUAGAGAAAUGGAGUUUACAGCUUCUGCAGGAUUUGCUUCCUCGACAUGUAGAGAUAAUAAAAAAGAUAGAUGAAGAGUUUAUUCAUGAAAUUAUCAAUGAGUAUGGUACACAUGAUCUUGACUUAUUGCAAGAAAAACUUCAGAAAAUGAGAAUACUAGAAAACAUUGAGUUACCCAACUCGGUGAUAGAGCUUCUUAAUCACUCAGAAGAGGUUUCUUCCACUGAUCCUAUCAAGAAUGCUGACAUUAAUGAUGAAAAGAUAAAGGCUGCAGAAACAGAAGAGAGAGAAGAAGAAGCUGAUGAAGAGGAAAAAGAAGAAGAAGACAAUGAUGAUGAUGAAGAGGAAAAAGAAGAGGAUGGUGAUGACCAAUCAAGUGAGAAGGAUGGUAAAAAGAAAACAAAGGUCAUAUUUAAAGUUGAUCCAAAACAGACCAUGGAGGUUUGCAUGGCUAAUCUAUGUGUUGUCGGCGGGUUUUCUGUAAAUGGAGUAGCUGAGAUUCAUAGUGAGAUUGUAAAAGAGACAGUUUUCAAUGAAUUUUACCAGUUUUGGCCUCAGAAAUUCCAAAAUAAAACAAAUGGGGUGACACCCAGAAGAUGGAUCCGUUUCUGCAAUCCUAAUCUCAGCAACAUCAUAACUAAGUGGAUUGGAACAGAGGACUGGGUAACAGAUCUUGAGAAACUGGCAAUACUUCGAAAGUUUGCUGAUAAUGAGGAUCUUCAAUUAGAGUGGAGAGAAGCAAAAAGAAGAAACAAGGUUAAGGUUGCAGCAUUUAUCAAAGAGAAAACUGGUUAUGUUGUCAGUCCAGAUGCAAUGUUUGAUGUACAGGUGAAGCGCAUUCAUGAAUACAAACGGCAGUUGUUGAAUGCAAUGGGGAUUGUUUAUCGCUACAAAAAGAUGAAAGAAAUGAGUCCUGAUGAAAGAAAAAGAAGGUUUGUUCCACGGGUCUGUAUUUUUGGUGGAAAGGCAUUUGCCACAUAUGUUCAAGCCAAGAGGAUUGUGAAAUUCAUCACAGAUUUAGGAGCCACAGUAAAUCAUGAUCCAGAUAUUGGGGAUCUUUUGAAGAUUGUAUUUGUUCCUGAUUACAAUGUCAGUGCUGCGGAAGUGCUAAUUCCAGGCAGUGAGUUAUCCCAGCAUAUCAGCACGGCUGGGAUGGAGGCCAGUGGAACUAGCAACAUGAAGUUUGCAAUGAAUGGGUGCGUACUUAUAGGAACUCUAGAUGGGGCUAAUGUUGAAAUAAGAGAAGAGGUUGGAGAAGAUAAUUUCUUCCUUUUUGGUGCACGAGCAGAUGAAAUCGCUGGCCUACGUAAAGAAAGAGCUGAGGGAAGGUUUGUAGCAGACCCAAGGUUCGAAGAGGUAAAGGCAUAUGUCAGAAGUGGUGCUUUUGGACCAUACAACUAUGAAGAACUGAUGGGAUCCUUGGAAGGAAAUGAAGGCUAUGGGCGUGCUGAUUACUUUCUUGUUGGGAAGGACUUUCCUAACUACAUAGAGUGCCAAGAGAAGGUUGAUGAGGCUUAUAGAGACCAGAAAAGAUGGACAAGAAUGUCAAUCCUGAACACAGCUGGCUCAUACAAGUUCAGCAGUGACCGGACUAUUCAUGAGUAUGCAAGAGACAUUUGGGGAAUUAAACAUGCUAAAUUAGCAUGAAAGGUUAUACAGAUAUGGCGGUGGAAAACUUUGUUGAUGUUCUAUUGAUAGUUAAGUCGGGCCCAAAUGUAAAAAAUUUUGCUAAUCAAAAUGAAGUUGUUCCAAUCCAA